AUGCAUGGGGACAUGUUGAUGAGGUUGCUUUUGCACUGUUGCCUCGGUGGUGGCACCCCACGACAACACCCUUUGCGUUACCUUUUAUUUCAUUUUCUUCCGUUGAAUCCUGUUCCAGCCACUAUCUCCAUCAAGUGUGGUGUGAAAACCGUGUCUGCUGAAGGUGUUGAACCCCUUGUGAAAGCGUGCACUCAGAAGUGA